AAUUUCAAAUGGCUGAUUCAUCUUCAACCGAUUCAGUUUCGGUGGAUAUGGAAGCCAUCUAUCCUUCAGCCAAGGAACAUAUUAUAAGAACACAUCAUGGCUCCAUCUCUGUUGCUGUGUAUGGAGACAUGGACAAGCCUGCUCUUAUCACUUAUCCUGAUUUGGCAUUAAAUUAUGUCUCCUGCUUUCAGGGCUUAUUAUUUUGUCCCGAGGCAUGUUCCCUGCUGCUCCACAAUUUCUGCAUAUAUCACAUUAGUCCACCUGGGCAUGAGUUGGGAGCUGCUGCAAUUAAUCCAGAUUACCCAAUUCUUUCUGUAGAUGACUUAGCUGAUCAAAUAGCUGAGGUUCUUAACUUUUUCGGUCUUAAUGCAGUCAUGUGUAUGGGAGUAACUGCUGGGGCUUACAUUCUUACCUUAUUUGCUAUGAAGUAUGGACAACGUGUUCUUGGUUUGAUACUUGUUUCUCCUCUAUGUAAAGAACCUUCUUGGACUGAAUGGUUGUACAACAAGGUCAUGUCAAAUUUACUCUACUUUUAUGGCAUGUGUGGGGUGGUAAAGGAAAUAUUGCUCAAACGGUACUUUAGCAAGGAAAUUCGUGGUGGUACUCAAUUACCAGAGUCAGACAUAGUUAAAGCAUGCCGAAGGUCAUUGGAUGAGAGGCAGAGUUUGAAUGUGUGGCGGUUCCUUGAAGCUAUUAAUGAGAGACCCGACAUAAGUGAAGGAUUGAGAAAAUUACGAUGUCGUUCAUUAAUUUUUGUUGGGGAUAUGUCUCCAUUUCACUCAGAGGCUCUCCAUAUCACUUCAAAAUUAGACAGAAGAUUCAGUGCCUUGGUUGAGGUUCAAGCGUGUGGGUCAAUGGUAACAGAGGAGCAGCCUCAUGCUAUGUCAAUACCAAUGGAGUACUUUCUCAUGGGAUAUGGCUUGUACAGGCCAUCCAAGCUGAGUGUCAGCCCAAGAAGUCCCUUGACUCCAUCUUGCAUUUCUCAUGAGCUUUAUUCACCAGAGAGUAUGGGUUUGAAAUUGAAACCAAUAAAGACACGAAUUUCUGUGGAAAUCUAGAAGAAGGUGAAUAAAGCUUGGCAAUAUGCUGCCUUUUCUGAUCUGUUUAUGGAACGAGUUCAUAAUUCUGAUGAGUGAGGGGGUGCCAAAUUGUAGAUAGGGAGAUAAGGAAAUACGAAAUCAACAGAGGAAGAAACGAGAAGAGUUUAGUAGAAAUCAACAUAUAGUCAUUCUUUCAUUUGUAAUCAUAGAUUGUAAUUAACGAGUCUGAAGCCUG